AUGGCUUGUAUUGAAGACAUCAUUAAAGCGAUUGAAUUGCACUGUUUGCCAAACGGACUGAAAACAAAUAGUUUAUUCAAGUUUAAGAAAUAUUUUCAACUUGAAGAAACCAAUCUCAUUAAACAUUAUUACUGCAAGUUUUGUGUUAGAGAACUUGUUAAUGAAAAUGACGAAUGUCCAUCGUGUUUGCCAAUAAUCAGCCAAUUACAAGAAAUGUACAAAAGACAGGAUUUCUAUGAGAGACUGCAAUUUAGAUUUCAAAGACCAAUUCCUCUUCCUGGUACCAUUACGGACAUUUAUGAUGGAGAACUAUACAGAGAAUGGUUUAACAACGGUUUCUUAUUUACCCCUAACAACAUAUCCUUCAGCUGGUAUACCGAUGGUAUACCCGUUUACAAAUCGUCGCAUAUAAGUAUAUGGCCAUUUUAUCUUACAAUUAAUGAGCUACCAUUUAAUGAACGAAAGAAAAGAGAGAAUACAUUGCUCUUAGGUUAUUGGUUCGAUGAUAAGAAGCCAUAUAUGAAUAAUUUUAUAUACAAGUUCCGAGAAGAGUUACAGCGUGUUGCUGAAUAA